CGGCGAGGAAACGACGGGAGUAAAUUAUUUUUAGCUUGUGCCACCUGUAGUUCAGUUGUGCCGAAGGUAAAAAUGGGUUCGAACUGGAAGUUACUUCUGUUAUUUAUCAUCGUCCUGGCCACGUGCAUCCACGAAGGACUUGGUAUAAAAUGCUGGGUAUGCAGGUCGGAUUCUGAUCCUAAGUGUGCCGAUCCGUUUGAUAAUACAACCGUUCCAAUUACGGACUGUAAACAAGAAGAACCGCUGGAACAUUUACCGGGUGUGAGACCUACGAUGUGCAGAAAGAUCCGACAAAAAGUGAACGGAGAGUGGAGAUACUUUCGUAGCUGUGCAUGGAUGGGAGAGCCAGGUAUCGCGGGGGAUGAAAGGUUCUGUUUGAUGCGCACAGGGACCUAUAAUAUAUUCAUGGAAUAUUGCACAUGCAAUAGCAAAGACGGCUGCAACACAGGACCAUUGGUGCAUUCCAAUCAGUUUGCUGUACUGCUCGCUGCAUUUGCGACAUACUUUGCGACUUGUUUUUAUAUCAGAUAACCAAUUAGUACUUGAAAGGUAACUGCAAAGAUGAUUUAAAAGACUUGAACCACGUGUUUGAUCGUUUAUCCGUCCACUUGUACAAUAACUUAAUAAUCAUAAGGGAUAUUAACCUCCAAGGUUUUUCAUAUUAUAUAUUUUCCCAGAUAAAAUAUUUUCAUUGAUGGAAAGACCUGUUUAAUGGCCUAGAGAUGUAAUUCCGUUAAAUUUAAAUAGCAAUACAAUGGAGAUGAUAAUCUUGUACAAAUAAAAAUUAAAUAGGAACUUAAGAGUAAUUGAAAAGAGGCAGCUUAUUGAAGCAAGUGAAUUGUCACAGUAGCUGUUCAAUUUUGAACUUCUACAUAUCAAGUUUUAUAGCAAUAUUUGUCUUCAAUAAAUUAUGGCUGAAUACUUUUUUAAUUAUUUUCAUUUCUAAGGUACAUAAAUUUUCUCAAUGAACUUUUUCAAUCACCUUUUAUUAUUUAUUAUUCACUUUGUCGGGUGGAUAUCAAACCUGCUAAAGAUUCCCAUUCAUUAUAUAUAGAUGUAGAGCAAAGCUUGACGCACUGAUAAUUAUAAUGUUGCAUUUCAAAAACUAUUACUCAAUGAGAAAUUAGUGCCUCGGCUAAUUAAAUACUAUGUAUGAACUAUUCAAUAAAGUAUAACACAUAUCAAUGAUACUUGUAAGUAUAAAUACAAUAGUCUAGAAGUUGAGCAUAAUUUAUAUUAGCUCGGUGACCCAAUAUUUAUCUGUUCCGUUUCAAAUUUCUGUGACAAAUGUUUUCAAUAACUGGCCAUAAUUUUUAAUUUUGAAUUACGCUUAGAAUUAGAACAAUGAAUUUAUACAAGACGUUUUUAUAUUUUUGUACAACGCACUGAUAUUCUAAUUCAAUAAAGACGUGAAUAUAUAAUAUAAAUAGCAA